UAUCUAUGCAACAUAAAGUUCUCAGCUAUCUUGUUUGUAAGUCGCACUUUAGAUUGAAAUCGAUUCCUGUAAUGCCUGGUUUUGACUUUAUCCGGGGAUUUUGCUUUUGCCCCGUAUUGAUUCUGGUUUCUAGGAAAACGAGCCACAGCUAAAGUAACGAUACGCUGUGCUGCGUAGUUUUGAAGGGCAUGACUGAACACAUCGAUCUGACGGAGGAUGCGAAUGAUACUUCGCCAUACGUAACAAAGGAGGAAACAAGCAAAAAGAGGAUCGUGGCGCUUGCAGAAGGCUUUGACGAGAGGCUUCGCGUUGCUGAGGCACCAGCCCGGAAGCGGCUCCGGACUGCAGUUGUCGACGCCACUAAACUCUCCGAGCUUGCCGCAGCCAACUCUGAGAUGCACGCUCUGUCUGGCUCAGCUCGGCUCAGUCCGGCUCCACCCACUGCUGCACUACCGAAGCCGCACUCUUUGCAGCCUGCUGCGCUCAUACCAGCGCCCGUACCAACAGCAACCCCGAAAGAAGCCACAGCCCAGACAACCAACAAUCUACUGGCCCAACUACACGCGGAAAGGAUCUCCCGCAUGAGUGAAGAUCGGAAAGCGGCACUGCGAAGCCCGUCCAAGUCUGAAACGGCCAAGGCUGGGCCUGCUGCCAAGCACGGAAGUUCUGGCCAGCCCAGCCAACCGCGGAAUCCUGGAGCAGCCGGCGCGUCAACUUCCCAGCAACGCGCUAGCAGCCAGCCUGCCAGUUCCGCCUCGGCACGGAGCCUGAGUGUCUUGACGUACAACCUUUGGUUCAAUGAGGACGUGGCGCUACUUCAGCGCAUGCGUGCUAUUGGCGAUCUCAUCGAGCGGGAGGGCCACCCGGAUCUAUUGCUGUUUCAGGAGGUAACGCAAAACAUGUUGCUCAUCUUUCGCCAAUGCAGCUGGUUUCGGCUGUAUCACUGCUCACCCGCACCGGAGGGCAAGUCGUAUUUCACGUUGCUACUGGCGCGCCGUGAUACGGUGACGCUCCCGGCCAUGCAGCCCUGGCUUGAAAAGGAGUUCGCCAACUCGUGCAUGGGUCGCAGCAUUUUGUUCACACGAGUCAGUGUGGGCGGGCGGCCGCUGGUGGUGGGCACCACCCACUUAGAGAGCCCCGUGGGACCGGGGCCGCAGCAGAUGGUGAGCCAGCGGCAGGAGCAGCUGGAGGUGGCUGUCAGGGAGUUGGAGGCGGCGGCGGGGGCCCGGGGUGACGUGUUGCUGGCAGGCGAUCUGAACUGGUCUGACACGCGGGACGGUCCCGUGCAGACGCCACCGCGUUGGUGUGACGCCUGGCAGACUCUCAUGGCCAACCGGGAUGGCAACACCUGGGACCCGGUAUCCAACCCCAUGCUGACGAGCCGCUUCAAGGGCUCCCGGCUGGAUCGUGUGCUGUGCCGGCUGUCGGCGUCGGCGACAGGUACGGGGCCGAGCACCUCGCUGGGCCCCCGGGGGAGCACGGGAGGCGCUGCAGGCGGCGGCUGGCAGCUGGGCGCCAUUAAGAUGGUCGGCACGCAGGCUCUCCCUGGCGUGACGUACGAGUACAAGGGCAAGCGCCUGCCGGUGCUCCCGAGCGAUCAUUUCGGGCUGUUGGUAAAGCUCAUCCCCACAGAGGCACCGCCCGCCACUGCCGGCGUUGGGCGUGUGCUCGGGAGUGCAGCAGCAGCAGCAGCAGCGACACCCUCGGCCUCGGGCGCUUGUGGGAGUGAAGCCGCUGCUGAGGUCGGCGCGUCGGCUCGGGGUACGGCAGCUGCGCCUGAGGCUCGUGACAGAGGUGCCACCCGCGAGGCGACAGGUGGAUCAACAGCAGCAGUAGCAGGACCGAAGUCCGGCGGCGGCAUCGGCGGUUCGCAGCUGCGGCGACUGGCGCGGGCGAGAGGCGCGGGCAGCGGUGCCACGGCGGCACCCUUGGAGAGCGCACCUCUGGCAGCAACAGUAGCGCGGACACUUGUCCAGACGGCGGCGACGGCAGAUGGGAAGAAGGCAGCCGGAGCGGCGCCGCCAGGACAGCGGCCACGUCGGCAAACGACUGUGGACCUUUCAGUGGAUGACGAUGAUGAUGACGAUGUUCUAGUGCUGUAA